UCUUUCGCAUAGCCUCUUGGAACAUGUAGUCCGUUAUGAAUAACGGCUCUGCUCGGUUUUCUAUUCAUUUCUCCCCCUUCAACUUCGGGCCACUCAGGAGGAAAGACUGUGCUCCAGCUGACGCGGGGCUGCGUGAUUCGUGGGCCCCCUUGCGGAUGUGAAUGCCCGGGGGAGAGAGGCGCUCAGGCGGCUUCAGGGCUUCUCUUUGGGGUCCUUCCCUCUGGGUGAGAGGUUGUCGCGAGGGAGCCUGCGAGCGCGAGGGAAGAGGCGUGCGCUUCGCUGUGCUGCCGGGUAGCUGUGGCCGAUUAACGGGUCGUUCAUUGGGUCAUUCGGAGUCGCUCCCAGCUCGCCCUAGACAUGUCCUACUGCAGGCAAGAAGGAAAGGACAGAAUUAUAUUUGUGACCAAAGAAGACCAUGAAACACCAAGCAGUGCUGAACUGGUGGCUGAUGAUCCCAAUGAUCCUUAUGAAGAUCAUGGUUUGAUAUUGCCUAAUGGAGAUAUCAACUGGAAUUGCCCAUGCCUUGGUGGAAUGGCUAGUGGUCCUUGUGGGGAACAAUUCAAGUCAGCAUUUUCCUGUUUUCAUUAUAGCAAGGAAGAAAUUAAGGGCUCGGAUUGUGUGGACCAGUUUCGUGCAAUGCAAGAAUGUAUGCAGAAAUACCCAGAUCUGUAUCCUCAAGAAGAUGAUGAUGAUGAUGAUGAAGAUGAAGAAGAAGAUAAUCAAAGCAAAGAUUUAGAAACUACACCUUCUAUUGGCAAAGAAAAGUCGAGCUAAUGAAAGACUGCGGAGACUGUGGUCUCCUUUCCAUAUUCAAAGACAUACAGACUUAGGCAAUGUAUCUUUUCUCCUCUUUUUUCUCUUGACUCCACUGAUCCCUCAAGGAAUGCACUUCUGUAUACUGUAUCAUGUGAAAUAACUUACUGUGAAGAAGAAACCUCAGCCCUAUGGUUUUAAUAAAGAAAAGUUGCAGUGAAGUCAGUAUAAAAGAAAUGCAGACACCACCAGUGCUUUAUCAGUUUUCUCUCCUUCUCCAGUCAUGUUCAGUCUAUAGGUUGGCUUGAAGAAAAACAGAGAUGGAGCCAAUGCUUAUUUGGGAAAACCACAUCGGCAAGGAUAUUGGAUCAGCAAAAUUUCAGUCAUUAGCUGUCUUCAAGAUUUUAUAUGCUGAAAAUUAAUAUUAAUUUCUUUCUCAGAACAACCAGAAAGAUUCAGAAAUAUGGGUAAAAUUUUCACUUGGUCAGUCUUAUGUGCCUGAUGACACAGGAAGUUUGCAUAUACUAUUAAUUUCCAAUAAUAGAAAAUUAAUGUUAGUGUGUUGAUUUCCCAUUUUAAAAUAAAUGUUCAUCAGGCCUUGCCAUAACUGAAUUGACAGUGAAAAACAUUGGCCACUGUGUUCCUUAAUGUUCCUAAUAAUUCCUGUUUGUGGGGUUUCCUUUGUUCAAACCCCUCUCUCUUCCAGGCAGAUUGCUGACCUUGAUAGGAGAACUGCAAUGUUACCUGGAGUAACAAACCUCUCCAUAGAUAUUGUGAUUUGAUUGUAUAUUAAAAGUGAAUUCCUUUUA